AUGGCUAAAGCAUUAAAGAGUGUUAUUGCUCAGAAUCUGGAGUGUCCUGUAUGUCUGAAUACCUUCACCGAUCCCAAGAUCCUGUCUUGUUCACACACCUACUGCAAGACCUGUCUGGACAACCUCUUGGAAUGCCAUGGUAACGACCAGAUGCUCCGAUGCCCUGUCUGCAGAGCUGAAACCCAGGUCCCAAACCAAGAUAUCAGCAAAUUACCGACAAAUCUAGCUUUGAAGUCUCUCAUAAAGGACGUGAAGAAUCAAUAUCAGUUUUGCACGAAUUGCGAAUCCGACAACAAACGCCAAGAUGUUGUCUACUGUCAAGACUGUAUCAAAUAUUUCUGUGUCACCUGCCAUAACAAACACUCUCAGCGUCCAGACUUCAUCAGUCACGAGGUUGUAGCCAUCAGUGAGAUCCUAUCAGGGAAGGUUUCAGUACGUAGGUACCGUAAAUGCAGCAAACACCCUAAAGAGGAUGAGAACUGCUUCUGUUCCGACUGCAGGAGAUUUGCCUGCUUUAGGUGUGUUCUCAUGGAGCAUACAAACGAAAGACAUCGGGUCAUUGAGGCAGCUGUUUAUAAAAACAGCCACAUGAAGAGUAUCGAGGAACUCAAAUUAAAGGCGGCCAAGAAACGAUCUUGCUUUCAGAAAUACGUUGGUUUCAUUGAUGAACAGAGGGAGCGUGUGAGCAAUGUUCAGAAGCAGUGUACAUAUGAUAUCAACAAAGCAUAUGAAGAAUCAGUCCGGAACUUGACAGAGAAGAAAGAAAUCCUCAUUGGUGAAGUCAAGGGUAUGACCGAAGGAGUAGAGAAAGAACUGGAAGAAAUGAAGAAAUCAGUUGUGGAGCACAUCACUCACUUGACCACCGUAGAUGAUAUGGUUACCAAUAAGACAAAGAUACCGUUAGAUAUGGAUGCUUUGGCUGCACACGACACUCUAUGUCAAGACUUACUAGAGGCUUUGAAACAAGAAGAUCCUGACUACAAGCAGCCGAGACAAUCGAGCAGGAAAGGAAAAAGUGUUUGUUUCAAGAGGAACGUUGGAAUGGACGAGCUAGCUCUCGGCAAUAUCGUUAAUGCAGGUGCAAAGAACAUCGCUUUGCCCACUAAGAACAGCAUGAAUGACAUGGUUGGUACACCUGAUGGUAGAAUGGCAGUGGGAUGUCACACAGGUGGCGUAGAGAUCUUCUAUGCUGAUGGUCAGCACCAGCAGACAGUUUUCAAGGAUGUUAGGAUUCGUAGCGUAGGGUUCCUCUCUGAUGAUCGGUAUGUUGUACUUGAUUUCUCAAACAAUAUCACAUUGUACACACUAGAGUACACUAAGUUGAAUGUAAUGUUUAAGACUCUGAGUAACGUUGAAGGUGGAAAAGCUAAGCUCACUGUAGACGGUGAUGAUCAGAUCUAUGUUAGCUACAAGAAAGUCAAGAAGGUCAAGGUAUUCUCAACAGCAGGUGGGAAGGCGAUCAGGGAGAUACCAUGUGAUGGGUAUGAACCUGUGCAAAUUACUAGUUAUAAUGAUUACCUGAUCACCGCAUCCUUGAAUACAAUACGAUUGAUUGACAAACAAGGUGUUGUAAAAUAUAAAUUAACGGGAUUAGAUGAUUUCCCAUGCGCUGCUGUGUCUCAAGGAAAUACAAUCCUGAUAGCUGUCGUGCAGCACAAUGUAGGUUUUGUCAGCAUUAAUGAGUACACUAACGAGCUGAAGCAUAUCCAGAACCUCGUCAUUGAUUACAAGAUUGAGAAGACCAAGAGAAACUGGUACAAUCUCCAGCAGUACCGAUCAGGAGAGAUCGCUUUCUGUACUCCUGAUAGACUUUAUAUCUUCCCCUGA